AUGAAGAAGGCUUUCAAGGGUCUGUUUAGAAAGAAGUCUAAGAACCAGUCAACGGCCACUGGAACGGCUGGCCCCUCAAAUGCGGCGCCCACCGAAACCACACCAGCUGCACCAGCCCCUGCUACUGCGCCCCAGCCUGCACCAGCGCCUGCGACGACGGAGACUACGCCUGCGCCCGCGACGAGCGGCGCACCUGCCGAGGUAGCUGCGCCGGCUGCACCAGCUGCACCGGCUGCGGCACCAGCCCAGGAUGAGGCCAAGAAAGACGAAGCUGCUGCUUUGACUGAGGUCAGAAAGGCUACAGCGACCCCUGAACCCGCCGGCGCCGUUGCGCCCGUGCCCCCAACUGCUGCUGAAGCUCAGCCCACGGCUACUGAGGCCCCGAAGGAAACUGAGGCUAAGGCAAGUGAUACACCUGCACCAGCUGCCCCAGUAGAUGUUCCAGAGGUGCCAAGCAGCAAGCCUGCCGCUGGCAUGAGCGCGACAAGUGGACCCAUGUUUGAUGAGCCCAACUUUCACGACGAGAAGCCUGCCCCUGCACCAGCUGCGGCCGCUGAAACUGAGCAGUCUACCGCUCCAUCAGCGCCCGCUGCUGCAGCUGAGCAACCCGCCGCUCCUGCUCCGGCCCCAGCCCCUGCGGCUCCUACCGAGGAGAUCUCGGCUGCACCUGCGGCUACUCCUACCUCGGUCGAUCCCAAGGACAGAGUGCAAGCUUAG